AUGGUUCAGAUUGAGAUACCAAAGGGUGACAAUUAUGGUGCAGAAUGGGAGAGGAGAAAGUAUGUACCGAAGGAUGGCGAGCCUGAACUACCUCCGCAGAUUGCACAAUUUGCCAACAAGGGUGCCGAUGAGGUUAUGCAAGAACUUAACCGAUUACCAUUUUUCAUGACAAAGUUGGAUGAGACGGAUGGGGAAGGUGGGGAAAACAUCGAACUUGAGGCAUUGAAAUCGUUGGCGUAUGAAGGCGAGCCGGAUGAAAUUGCAACAAACUUUAAAAACCAAGGUAAUGACUGUUUUAAAGCUAAGCAGUACAAGAAUGCGUUGAUGUAUUACACCAAAGGGUUGGAAGUUGAUUGCGGAGUGGUGGACUUGAACAAAGCUUUGUUGUUGAAUCGAGCUGCGUGCAACCUUGAACUACGGAACUAUCGUCGAUGCAUUGAGGAUUGCAAAAAGGUCCUACUUCUCGAUGGAAAAAAUGCAAAAGCAUGCUUUAGAUCCGGAAAAGCGUUUUUCGCCAUUGACAAGCUCGAUGAAGCUAAGCAAAUCCUUGAUUACGGUUUAAGCUUUGGUGACAAUGCAGACUUGAGGGGUUUGUUGAAAAAUGUUGAGAAGAGAAUAUCCGAAAAGGAAGCAUUAAGGAUAAAGAAGGAACGCGAAUCGAAACAAAAACAAAUGGAGCAGGAUGUAUUAGUCAAUUCUAUGAAGCUAAGACACAUUGAAGUGGUAAAGAGCAUUGAUCCUCCGGAAAUUAUAAAAGAGGCAAAGAUAAGACUUGAGGACCCUACUGAUUAUCAAUCUCAGCUAAUCUUUCCUGCAUUAAUAUUGUACCCCACCAUAGAUGAAUUUGACUUUAUUGCCGAGAUUAGCGAACUAAGUACGCCUUUAGAAGUACUCGAAUUGAUACUCAAUAGACCAAAGGAAUGGUUUGACGAAAAACACAAAGAAUUCAAUGUGAAGACGUUAGUUUGUUUUAUGGAAACUACAAGCGGAGGAUUGGUAAAGAUUGGCAAAAAGAUAGAAAUUAAUCAAGCCUUGAUGAGAGACAGUCCCAAAGUUCCACUUUUUGAUGACGCAUUAAAGUUGUAUGUUGUACCUAAAUCAGAGGCAGACCAGUGGUCAUCUCAAUGGAACAAAAGAGCUGCUUUAGAAAGAAGACAUGAUGUAUCUAAUUAG